CAAUCUGCUUUUAUGAUCUGUUUACGGCCGCCAUUUUAUUGUCGCAUUAAAUUCUCGUGCGCCGCCAUGUCGGCCGCUGACUCGGGAGCACUGCUACUGGUCUCCGCUAUCUUCUGGGCAGGCCUCACCCACGCCGCGAGUAUGAAGAAAGAUCUGUCGCGCGCCACCAAGUCGGUAGACCUGGUGAGCGUGCUGAAGGAGGACCUCCGCAAGAACAACGACGACUACAAGGACCUGCGCGACCCGCCCACCACCAGCGCCGACAUCAGGAACCCCUACCUCGGUAAUGGAGAUGAGGUCAUCAGCGAGUCGGAGGCGAAAAGCAGGAAAAACUUUGACUUGGCGCGGCGUAACUUUCAAGACACACAAAAAUCCCAGAACGAGGGCAAGCCACAUGACACAAACCCCACGCUGCCGCCCAAAGACACUAAAUUAAAUGACAAACACAUGCUACACGAUAAAGGUGCGGAAAAAAACGAAAAAACAGAAACACAAUCUCAAAAACUACAUUUUAAAAAUGUAGAGGAAAAAAUUAAGUCUGAUGAAAAAUUCCUAAAGUCGCAUCGUAAAAGUAUACCCACAAAUAAUGACGAGUCCGUGUUGCACGACAUUCAAAUGAAAAAAGAAGAAAAUUUUGAAAUCUGGAAACCAGUUUCCGAACGAAAAGUUUUUAAUAAAAAUGCUAUGUUACAUGACAAGCAGCAUAAAAGAUUUGAUAACAAAUUAAUGUUGCAAGACACGAAGUCGGGGGACAAACCGUCGAAGCCAGAAGCUAAAAAGCCAAUUGAUUGGCUGAAAGUGAGCAGCGAAACAGAAGGCGCUCAUCUGAAGAACCAAAGGUCGACUAAAACUCCAGAAAGCAGAGGAUUUGUAACAAAAACAGCCUCGAAUAUUGACGCGCGUCGUAAACGCAACAAAUACGAAAAGCUGCACCAACUGCUGGACAAGGAGGGGCUGCUGAGCAAGUUCCUGAAGAGCGGGCCGCGCGGGCGCGGAGUGGCGGGCGGGGCCGGGGCCGGCGGAGGGGGGCGCGGGCGCGGCGGCGGGGAGAUGCGGCACCGCGCCUUCGAGAUCGAGUCGGACAUGGAGGCGGUGACGCUGCCGGCCGACACCAUCCCCAGCGAGGAGCUGGACAUGCUGCCCGCCACCGGCGAGCGCGUCGAGGCGCUCAAGAGAAAAGGCCGGUUCUGCCACCGCCACAUCCUGUUCCCGGAGGGCCCGAAGUACGACAGCCGCGGACGCGUGUACGAGCCCGGGCACGCGGACCAGCAGGCGGCGCGCAAGCGCGAGCGCAACUUCGCGCACACGAAGCUGCCGCAGCAGGUCCUGCCCAAGUGCUGCAACUGCUGCAAGAAGUCCGUGCUCGGGUGCGAAUGAUGCUCCAUUAAAUUGUAGUCUUUA